UACACCGCCGUGCCCGCGGACGGCGUCGCCGCCGCCACCGCAGCCAUCACCGUGCCGCUCAUUGGCAGCGACGGACGGUCGGAAGGCUCCGUGCGCAUUAAGCCCGGUUCAACCUCUCCGGUGGAAUAUCACAGCGACAGCGACGCCGAGAGCGGGACCGAAUCUGGAUCGGCGUCACUCAGCGCCCAGAGCCUCGACGCAGGGUCGGUGUUGGACUUGGAGCCUGCGGACCCCGACUCCCCGGACGUCAAGAGGCGGCGGAUCCAUAUGUGCGACUACGAAGGCUGCAAAAAAGUCUACACCAAGAGCUCGCACCUCAAAGCUCACCGACGGAUACACACAGGCGAGAAGCCGUACCAUUGCACCUGGGAGGGCUGCACCUGGCGUUUCGCCCGCUCCGACGAGCUGACUCGGCACUUCCGCAAGCACACGGGCAUCAAGCCCUUCCGCUGCACCGAGUGCGACCGCUCCUUCUCGCGCUCCGACCACCUGUCCCUGCACCGCCGCCGCCACGUCAUGAUGUGAACUCUUUUUGGCUAUUUGGGCGUCAUUUCUUUUGGGGGCGGGGGAGGAGGUUCCCUCCCGCCGGCAAAACAAACUCUGCUACUACAGUUCAACGGCUCAUCUUCUGCAGGUAUACCAAGCAUUCAUGGAGGUUGGCGAUUUUUCUCCCCACUCAUCCGUCCAUCCUUGUAUCCAGACAUUUUUUUUCUUCCCCCCUUCAAGCGUUACAUUGGGAUUUCUCCUCCUCGGCUGCUCCUUGCUCGCUUGGGGUGCGGCGUUUCAUUUGAAAGACUUCCGGACAUUUCUCUUGGAUUUUCUUUUGUGGUAGGAAUGCACAGUCUUUGAAAAUGCAUUUCUCGCCGCAGCACAGGUGAUGAAAGAGGCGUUUCCUUCUUGGGGUGCGGCGUUUAAUUUUUAGGAUCUAAAAGUAGACGCCUGGACGAGCUGACUUGUCUUUCCGCCAUUUUUUUUUUCAGCGUGGGUUGCGGCAUUUCAUUUUUUGGGGUAAAAUUCAACGUCCGGACAACCAGGUGUAUGGUUUUUAAUUGUUGUAGGACUGUCUGACCCUCCGAAUGCAUUUGUGAAGCUGUUUCGAUGCAGCACAAGAGAGACAAUUAUUUCAUCCUCGAGAUGUGGUGUUGAAUUUUUCGAUCUUAAAAGUUGACAAGCACAGACGAGCACAUUUUAUCGGUUUUCCUGAAACUGAUCCGGUGGGACUUCCCGGUCCUGUUUGCAAAUUUGCUGUCAGGCUGUUUCACUGCACUCCAUCUGGAAGACAUUCGUGACAUUCUCAUGGCGCGGCAUUUACUUUUAGAUGGUCAAAUUAGAUGUCCGGAGAAUUACAUUUCUGAAUUUUCUAGCAGCUUUUGCAAUCCGACUUCCUAACCGUGUUCAUGUGUUUGUCAAGCUGUUUCACUGCAGCACAAGCGACGUGACGCGUUUUUCAUCCAUGGGGCGUGGCGUUGAAUUUUUACGAUCAAAAAUAGACUUCCAGACAACUGCAUUUCUCAUGGAUGUCAUUCCAUUUUCCAUUACAAUCACAACUCUCAACCCUGUGAGUUUAUUUCCCGCAUUUGAGUCUGCCAAGCUUUUUUUUUUUUCCUCUCCGGUGCGGCGUUUAAUUAUGCCAUCUGAAAGCAGACGUCAGGACCCCCCCACCCACCCCCUUUAUCUAUUCGGCACACGAUGAGAACUGUGAACUUUUCAAACAAUUUUCACAUCGCCUACUUUUUGCAUAUCCUCCCGCGCACACUAAUUAUCAUAAAAAAACAAAAACAGUAUUUGUGCGUUAUUUCUCUCUCCCUUGUGACAGAAUCGUCUUUUUUUUCGUCAUUUUAGACGAUUUCCUGUCUUUGGUCGUCUUUUAAACGCUGUGAAUUAGUGGUCGGCGGAGAAGUGAAAAUUCUCUUGCAGGGAAAUUCGGGAGCUUUUUCCGCGCUUUGCCAAACGGUCAUGCAUGUUUUCCCCCGUGUGUUCCUCCUGCGUGUUUAUGUUUUGCGACAAACACGUUUUCGGAAUUUUGGUUUGUGGGUUUUUUUUCCCUAUUUAACGAGCGUCUUUUUCGGGCAUUUGGACCUCCUGCCCGUUGAACCUUAAGAACCGAAGUAAAAACCGAUUAUCGAAUAAAACAUCGUCAAAGAUUCUUUCUAUUGCGAGAUUUUGAGUAACGUACAAUCAAGUGGGCUGGGAUGUUUCUCAUUCUUCCUUUGAAGAAAUUUUUGCACUUUUCCCUCAUUAAAAAAUAAAUAAAUAAUUCUCCUGUCUGGGUUUUCUCAAACACAGCACAAGCCUUCACUGACCGAAUAAAACAUCCUCCGAGAUGUUCUUGGAGGUGGCGACAUUUUUUCGGAAGGUAAAAACAGCUUGUGCUGCAUUCAUAAAAACUGGGAAAUUUCCAAUAUCCGAUCAAAAAAAUUGUGAAAUUUCCUACUUUUGUUAAACGCAGCUUCAGCAAAAAAACACCUCAGACACUCCAGACUUCUGUUUUAACAUGACAAAAUAUUCCAUUUUUUUCCCCUGAAGGUACUUUGACGUCAGUUCCAAAACACGUGAGCAAAACGUUACAUGCAUUUCUAGUACCGUUCUUAUCGACUUUGACGAAAACAAAACAAAACAAAAACAUCAGAACCAAUUCUCGUUCGGAGGGAUUUUUGUUGGCACAUUUCUCGACUUUUUUUUUUGUUUUUUGUUUUUGCUUGAUCUGACUACCACAGAAACAUUGAAAAAGCACAUCUUUCUAGAAGAGUUUAUGCAUUCUUUUGUAAACAUUACGGAUAAUGACAACAACAAAAAAAUAAGAGUUUAAAAAAAUAGAAAUCCAUGUACAUAAAUGUAUAUAAUCAAAAAGUAAACGUAACGGGUGAAGUUCUAUUUUUAACACUGACUAGAUAAUGUGAACCGCCUCCCUCCCUCUUCUUCUACUUUGUUGGUUUUCUUCUUUUGACACCUUUUUUGCUUGUAGUUUCUUACAAAUGAUAAAAAUAAUAAUAAGAAUACUAUUGGUCCCAUUUGUGUUGUGCAUACUUGCGUUGCAUGGAGAGUCGGCCUCUUGUUUUCCGAUAGUGACCUUGGUGAGCAUGUCACUGUGCGAGCUAGUGUGUAUGUGUGUGUGUGCGUGUGUGUGAAACAUGACUUUUUGUAGGGGGGGAAAAAUGAGUCAAUUACAGAAAUAAGAGUUUGUUAUGAUCCAUUCCGCACAAAACCUUUAAGAAAAAAAAAGUUGCGUGUAGGUACCAAUGUUUGUUAUAGCGACAACAAGCUAGUGGUUAUUACUUUGACAAUUUUGUGUACCAAAUUUGUCUAUUUUUGUUUUGAUUUUCCCAUUUUUCUAAAACAAGAAAAACAAAACAUUUUAACAAUUGACUACAUGGGUGCUACAUGCUAACAUGUUAGCAUCUAGCCAACAUGACUUUGUCAUUUUCGGAGUUACACAAAUUUCCACAAUGCAACAUGCUAAGAUGUUCGCAUUCAUCUGUGAAUUAGCCUGGCUUUAUUAUUUUUUUUGUCAGUUUGUGUUAUAGCGACGUAACGCUAAUAGUCAGCAUUAUGACUAUUUGGGUUAUGCAUGUAAUGGAACAAAAACACUUUUGAACAACUGCCUAACUAGUGGGGGUGUUACAUGCUAACAUGCUAGCAUAAAGCCACAAGGGAUAGUAAUACAAAGAUUUUUUUUUCGCAAAAUGAUUCAUUGUGUUGCGUUCACGUAACGCUACAUGUGUUUCAAUGAAGCAACACUAGCUUUUAGAAUUUUGACAAUUUCAUGGACCAACAUUGCAUCGAUUUUAUGACAUAUUUCACAUUUUGUUUUACAUGAAACAAAAACACAUUACAACUGUUUAGACUCAUGAACAUGGGUGCUAAGCGCUAAAAUGGUAGCAUUCAGCCAUAAGUGACAAAAUGAUUCAUUGUGUUGUGUUCAACCGAUGUGUUAGGCUAACAGCUAACAUGGUACAUCAACAGCGCAACAUAUCACAUUUUUCACAAAACAAAAAUAAACUUUAAGUAUUGGCUACGUGCAUGCUACCCGCUAGCAGCAUAAUUUCUAUUAUUUAGAAUUCUCGCGACAAAACGCUAAUGAUUGGUGUACUGAUUUUACAUCAGAUGUUUGUCAUAUUUCAUGCAUUUUCAUGAUUUUUAAAAUCACAUUGCUCCAAAACAGGAGCUAACCGCCUUUAGCCAUAGAUGCUAACAUAGCUUCGGUGAAACUAUUUU